GGCGUCGUCAUUUCCGGAAACACCGGAUGUACGUCAGGACACGGUUGAAUUGAUUGUUUUUACUUGAAAACGCGAUUGGCUUUUAUCCGUUACGGUUACAGAAAGUAGACCAUGAGUUUGCCAGCUGCACCACCCAGCUAUGCCGAAGCCACGGCAGGCGAUAAAGAACACGGAACUGGAAACCUAAAUUAUGCCAGUCAGCCGCCCCCAAUGCCGCCUCUAUCCCUGCCCAUGCAUCCCAACUGGGCUUACGUGCAUCCUGGCCCCAGUCCGGGGUAUUCAAAUCCUUACGCUGCGGACAUGUCCUCGCCCUUCUCUGAUCCCAGCUCCAGCAGUAGCUUUGAUGGCUUGAAUGGGAGCAACUGGGAGGACAAGAAUAUCCGCCGCAUGUUCAUCAGAAAGGUCUUCUGUAUCCUCAUGGUUCAGCUGAUGGUCACAUUUGGUGUGGUGUCACUCUUCACAUUUUGUGAGCCAGUCCGGAAGUUUGUCCAGUACAAUCGGGUGUUUUAUCUAACCUCAUACAUGACUUUCAUGGGAACCUACCUGAUGCUUGUAUGCAGCACAAAUGCACGGCGAAGAUACCCUACCAACAUGUGUCUCCUUGGCAUUUUUACUUUGGCAAUGUCCUAUAUGGCAGGCAUGCUUGCGAGCUAUCAUAAUACCAAAGUGGUGAUGAUGUGUGUGGGCAUCACAGCCCUGGUGUGUCUGGCCAUCACGCUCUUCUGUUUUCAGUCCAGGGUUGACUUCACCACCUGUCAUGGAUUACUCUUCUCCCUCAUGAUGGUGCUAAUGAUAACUGGCCUUCUGCUUUUCUUCACAGCUCCGUUCGGAUAUAUACCUUGGCUGCACACUGCUUAUGCCGGAUUUGGUGCUCUGGUGUUCACCCUGUUUUUGGCGUUUGACAUGCAGCUGUUGAUUGGGAACAGGCGGUACUCUCUGAAUCCAGAGGAGCACGUGUUCGGAGCCAUCUGCCUCUACAUGGACGUCAUCUACAUAUUCCUCUUUUUCCUUCAGCUCUUUGGAAGCCGUGAGUGAGGUGUUCGUGCGGCACCCUCCAAAGGCCAGGCUGGAGAUCAGCCUUAUCCCCUAUUAAACAUACAUACACACACCCCCUUCUCAGUUACUCCAAGGUUUGGUGAGGAGAGAGCAGUCUUCCUUCAUUCUGUGUGGCAGUUUGAUUUGUGAUAUUGUUUUUAUGUCCUGGUCGUGAUCAGGCGGCUCUUUGCACACCUGUAAUGCACCCUGGUUGCGAGAAAACCACACUACCAAUCAGACAAACACAUGCUGUUUAGGAUAGACAAUCCCCUGCAAACGACCAGUGAGGAGGGUGAUCAAUGAAACAUCUCAGUUCUGUCCCGUGAUUUGAAAUGCAUCAGCACAAAAUCAUGGUUAGAAUUCCAGUAGAGUUAAAAAAGUAACGUGUGUGAUUCAGUGGGGAAUAUAGUGACAGUAUUUUUCAAUGGUAUUAUAUCUUCGUUUGCACGUUGUAUAGUUGAAGUUAAUCUUACACCGGACAGGCAGCUCUUUGCUGAUGAUUAUUGAAUAUAUAACAGUCAUAGGCUUUUAAUCAGUUUCGUCAACAAGUAAAAUAUUGCGGCGAAUAGCUGAGCCAGGUCCAUUUGUAAACGUUUGUUUUCCUUGUGCAAUAACCGGUUCUUUACUGGAGGACAGCAGCUGUACCUACAGAAAGUUGUUGCCGUCUGUAUUUUGUGCCUCCUUUGAAUGCUGGUUAAUAAUGAGGUAUUGUUGUAUGCAGUUUUAGGGUUGCUUUACAUGUGCAGCCUAAUCUAUAAAAAAUAUGCUGUGUGCCAAAUGUAACCCUGUCACGUGAUGAGGACAGAGUUUUUAAUUGUGGCACGUCGUCCAACAGGUCAGUCGUGAGGUCUGCAAUAUACUGUAUGUGUCUAUAGAUUGCCUGAGUUGUGUGAUGCUUGGGUGUUUAUGCUCAUUUUCAAGACUUGCUUUUAAAAAUAUUGAUUUCCACAUUUGAGUUAAAUGUCUUAAGUACUGACAUAUUAGGUGCUGAUUUGUUUAGAAAGAGAUGAUGAGAAGAAGACGGGGGCAUACUUUAUUACAUGGGAUUAUGUGUUCCAAUGAACACAGGACUGUAUUUCCAUUGGCUUUAACAUAAAACAAAUCUUUUGUCUCUUAAGAACUUACAGGUAUAGAGAAUGAGUGUUUUUUUCUGUAAUGUUUACCUGUAUUGACAUUCCUCUCUGCUUGUGUUUUUGUAAUGCAUCUGUAAGCUAACCAUUCUUCUAAGUGGAUAGAUCAUUUAUUCCUGAAACAGUAAAACAUACCAAUACACUUCAUCUCUUGGUUUAACGUUAACAAAACAUUGCCAGAAUAAGUGGCCGUUUGGGAAAAACCCUUUGUACAUAUUUUUCUGAAUGCAUUUUUUGGUAUUAAAUGUGCACAGGUUUAAGUUCAAAAAGUUCAGUUCUGUCAGUUAAGUUUGAUUUUAAAAACAUUUUAGGCGGAGGACUUAAGCUGAUCUAUGUAUUUUAUGUGCAGUUGAUAGUGUGCAUAUUAAGUGUGAGUGUUUUUUUUGUGUGUAUGUGGAUCACCCUAUGCCUUUUCUCUCUCUGUGUGCACUUAUGUGUCUAACCUAUAAACACUGCAUGAUCUGUGAUACAGAGACUCUUAUUGUAAUGUCACUGAAUGUGUGGUAACAUAAAACUGAAAAGAGAUUACUACAAAGAUUCCUGUAAAAAACUGACACUGCGGACAGUGGAUAACAACAGGAUACUGUGUUUUGAAACCUCAUCAGUUCUUUACAAUUAAUAAAUGAAAGAGUGAAUCAAUAAUUGAUAUCUUGU